UUGUGGCUGAGUACAGUCGCAUCUUGUAAGCACCAUGAGGAUCUGUUUUGCACUCACACUUUUCUCCCUACUGUGGGCGACGCACCACUGCGCGCCGAAACGUAUGUUCAUGCUCAGCUUUCCAAGAACAGGAGUCAGAAGCCACCUCACACACCUAACCUAUCCUGAGCGUUCGCCAGAAAGUGCAAUCAGUUCCGAGCCAGUCGUGAGAUCAAGGAAGCGCAAUAUAGCAGCACUUGCACAUGACAACCUCAUUCCUGCAACAAAACGCUUUGAUGAAGAGAUGAUCUUCGAUGGAGAUCUGAUUUUCCCACUCAUAUCCAAGCGGGACUAUGGCGAAGAGCUUGGUUCUGACAUCAUCUACGAGGAUGCCCGCGAUAAAAACGACCGCAAAGACUACAAGCGUGAUGAGGAAGCAAUGAAAAAAACGUAUGGCGGCCGCAAUCGCGAUCCCUUUCCAGUCUACAAAAAUAUUAGAUACGGGCAAGAUUAACUUCGGGGCGUUCCCGCAUCGUAAAAGAUCCGACAGCUUAUUUCGGCGCUGAAAUUUGAGACUGAAUGUUGUAUGCCUGA